AUGUGGAUGGAUGGCCUCGGGGUGGGCCUUCUGGCUGUGGCCCCUCCUUUUGCUCUCUAUGAAGCAAAAGGGCAGCAAGGGGAUGGUUACACUACAGCAGCAGCAUCAAACGUGAACCUCAUUCUGUGCAUCAUUGCUGUGAUUCUUCUGACUGCUGCCACCGUCAUGGAGGCUUGGCUCAUCUUCUACAUGACAAAAGGGCAGCAAGAGGAUGGUUACACUACAGCAGCAGGCUCCUCCUCCGCUCACUCCCUGCGCUACUUCUACACGGCCCUGUCUGAGGAUGGCCAGGGGUUGUCCGUCUUCAGUCAGGUGGGCUAUGUGGAUGACCAGCCCAUCACUCGCUAUGACAGCAGCAUCCGGAGGUCGUUGCCCGUAGCCCCCUGGAUGGAAAAGGUGGAGGACUAUGAGUCCGGGUACUGGGAAAGGACUAGCAGGACAUUGCGGAAUACAGGCGCUGUCUUCAGAAAAAGCUUGGAGAUCCUGCAGGCUCGCUACAACCAGAGCCAUGGAGGGCUCCACACCCUGCAGUGGAUGUCUGGCUGUGAGGUGGGGCCGGACGGGCGGCUCAGCAGGGGGCUUUACCAGUAUGCCUACGAUGGGGAGGACUUCAUCGCCCUGGACAGGGAGACCCUCACCUGGACUGCCCACGUACCUCAGGCCCAAGAGACCAAGAGGAAGUGGGAGGCCGAGACCUAUUGGGCCCAGCGCUUCAACGGCUACUUGGAAGAGGAAUGCAUGGAAUCACUGCAGAAGUACCUGGACUAUGGCAGGGAGGCCCUGCAGAGAAGAGAGGCCCCAGUGUGGAGGGUGACACGCAAGAAGGGCCACGAUGGCCAGGAGACCCUCUUCUGCCAGCUCUACGGCUUCUACCCCAAGGGGAUCGAGGUCGCCUGGAUGAAGGACGGGGAGGACCAGAAGCAAGAGACCUUUUCGGGUGGUGUCGUCCCCAACUCGGACGGGACCUACCACACCUGGCUCAGCAUCGAGGUGGACCCCAAGGAGAGGGACCGCUACCGGUGCCGGGUGGGGCAUGACAGCCUGCCGGAGCCCCUGGACUUGGCCUGGAAGGAACCAGCAUCCAACGAGAGGCUCAUUCUGGGCAUCAUUAUUGUGGUUCUUCUGGCUGCUGCCACCGUCAUGAGGGUUGGAUUCAUCUUCUAUAUGACAUCCUACUUGGAGCUCAUUCUGGGCAUCAUUAUUGUGGUUCUUCUGGCUGCUGCCACCGUCAUGAGGGCCAGGCUCAUCUUCUACAUGAGAAAAUGGCAGCAAUGUGACGGCUACACUGCAGCAGAAGCGGCCAAAAGUAACCCCUUUAUGAAAGAAGCGACCAAGGGUCUGACACCUCCACCAAGUGUGUAA